GUGAGCUGGCCCUCAAGCCAUGUGGCCUAUUCGUGUACGGCCCAUGUGAGAAGGCGCGCACCUGCUCCUCACCUGUGUUUGCUUCCGCCGCCGGCAAGGAAGAAGAGAGCAAAACCCUAGCUAGAGUUGGCGAGUGGGGGUGGAGGCGCGGCUGCUCGUCACGACAUCGAGUUUCAGCGCCGCCCGCGAGAUCCCCGGAUUUCGUUCUCUACCCCUGUUAGGGAGAGCUGCGGCAAUGGCUGGGAAAGGCGGGUCGACCAACUUAGAAAAGGAGCAGAUGUUUGGGAUGGCGGAGAAGGAGAUGGAGUACAGGGUUGAUCUUUUCAACAGGCUUACACAGACCUGUUUUAACAAGUGCAUUGAAAAAAGGUAUAAAGAAGCUGAGCUCAAUAUGGGCGAGAACAGUUGCAUUGAUCGAUGUGUUUCAAAGUAUUGGCAGGUGACUAAUUUAGUUGGUCAGAUGCUUGGAAACCGGCCUCAAAUGUGAACUGAGAAGCACUCGUUCCAUUUUGUAGCAGAAUUCUAUUGCUCUGUUUCUUCUUUUUGGUUGGUUGUAGAAUGCCGCACCUGUUCUAAGUACACCAAUACAGCAACAGACAUGCUACUGCGUGGACCGCUUUAAAGAAAAAAAAUCAGUGAUGCGCAUUCUCUCUGAAUCAUGAACUGUAAUAAUUUGAUACAGCUCUAGGGCAAUUCUGUUUCGAAAGCUCGUCCUGUUUCGUAGUAAAAUUCUGGAUUUGUGUUCC